GUUCUAUAAUGGCAGCAUAUAAUUGGAAUUCAAUUUCAUUAGAUUCUUGGAAUUUUUGGCCUCUUAUAAUUUUUAGUAUAAUGGCUAAUAUAAUUUUUGUAAUUAUAUUACAAAAUGUUAUUAUUUCAUUUAUGAGUGCUGCUUUUGAUAGUGCUAAUAAUGAUGGUAAACGUGGUGUACUCAAUUUUCAAACUAGUUUAAUUUAUGAUUAUGCAAUUCUUGAAAGUUCUUCCUUUACUUCAGGAUAUAGUGAUUUUGAUUCCAAGCUUAAAGAUGAAUUAAGAGUGAAAUAUAUAAGUUUUUUUGAUGAACCAUCUAUUACAAAAGUAUGGAGAGAUAAAUCCAAAGA